CCACCCUGUCUAUUACAUUACUGGAAAAAAUGGCGACGAGUGCACUGCGGCUCUCGCUGCGACUUUUCACCCAAAAUGCGGGUAAAAUGAGCCGUAACAUCGGCCCGAAAACACCUAACAUAUCCAGGUCGACUCUGAACAGGACCGUAGUAUCAACAGCGUCGGGGGCAAUCUUACCGAAACCAGAUAAAACACCAUUUGGUCUUAUUCGCAUGACAGUCGUGGUGGUGCCUUUCCUGUACGUGGGAACUCUGAUCAGCAAGAACUUUGCCGCUCUCUUGGAGGAGCAUGACAUCUUUGUCCCUGAAGACGACGAUGACGAUGACUGAGCUAACUCCAGAAAAGAAAUGGGUGCUUUGCAAUAUUGACUGAGCAAACCAGCCAGCACAAGGAAGAUGGGGAAAAUGGGGCACAUCCAAAUACAUCCCUCCACCUCCACCUCCAUCUAUCCUCCCUAUCUCCUCUGCUAUUUAUGUUGCUUUGGCCAAUUUUUGGUUUGUUUGAAAUCUCAUAUCAUGUGAGGCUAUCAAAACUACAAGUUAUGCCUUCACUCUUGUUUGCAUGUUUGUCUGUCAACUCAAUAAAGGGAGUCGAUUACACAUGAA